AUGGACGAUGCAGCACAGCACAAUUUCCUCGACUUGGCGAAGACCCGGCAGUGGCUGGAGGUGCAGCGGAUCCUGCUGGGCAAGCCGCAUUUAGUCAAUGCCCAACCGUGUGGCCGCUUCUCGGCAUUGCACCAGGCAUCUCAGGCAAAUAAUGCAGGUGCAGUGAGCUUCCUUCUUGAGGCACGAGCUGACGUGCUCGCCAAGACCUCCGCCGGCCAAAUCGCUGCCGACUUGGCCACGGACAAGGAGGUCAAGGCGCUGCUUCAUGGCCGCCAUGCUCAGCUCUCAGCCAGGCAGGACUUGGAGCACCAGUUCCUAAAUCUGGCGAAGGCCCGAAAAUGGAAGGAGCUCGCCGGGUUCCUUGCGGAGGUCCCAGACCUUGCGCGGGCGCAGCCCGGUGGCCGUUGGUCAGCACUGCACCAGGCAGCCUCAGCAGGUCACCUGGAGACCAUCCGACUUUUGCUGUCCUGCCGCGCUGAUACCACGGCCCGCAAUUUUGACGGGAAAACACCCGUCGAAGUUGCGACGGCCGCGGCCAGGCCUCUCCUGGAGUUGAUCGACAUUGACAGCUCACCUGAGCGUGAGGGCGAGCCGUCGAAACGUGCCAAGACCGAUUCAGGGCCUUCUCCGAACUUCAGCCGCCUGGAGGGACCCUUCGAGCUGGCAGCUCCGCGGAGCGAGGCUCGAAAAGGCAUCUACCACUUUCAGCCUUCCACCGGCUCCUUGCAAGUGGGUGGCGAGGAGAUCGCACGGUUCCGCGCCGAACCAGUCUCCAACCUGUCCUUCCCCAGCUUCAUCGCUGAAAGGCCGACCACCUCUCAUUUCGCAUCGUGUGUCAGCGUUGUAAGUGGCGAAAUCAUCGAGGAAAUCCAGAAGGCCUCCAAUGCCGGUGCUCUCUUCGUGCUUCCCUCCCAGCUGAAUGGUGCGGAGUACCCUAUGCACAACUACAUAGUUGAUCAGAUCUCCAAGUACAAGUUCGACAAAACAGGCGGCCCUCGGGGCCAGCUGGCCGUCCACCCAGCAGUUGGCCAGUUCAUUCUAGACAACGCAGCCUGCGACAAGAGGCCACUGGGCCUGGAUGCUACCGAUGUCGCCUUGGCUGCUGCCAAAGCCUCCCCAUCCUGGCCGUCAGGGUACAACUUGCACGUGAAGAACGGCUACAUGGCCGUGCCUCACUGCCCGGCUUCCAGCCAGGGAGCGGUGCUCACGAGCCUGCGGUCCUCCCUGCACAGAGUGCGCUGCCUCUCCGCUUGGGGAGUGCCGGCUGUAGGUCUGAGGCCGGAUUUUCAAGAUUUCUCCACGGCUUCACACAAGGUUCACAUGGUCUAUGCCUCUGCCAUUCCAGUCAAGGCAUACUUGAACGCCGGGAAUCUGGACGUGGGCUUUCAGGAGGAGAUAAGUCGCUUCGUCAUCAUCAGCCAGUACUUCGGUGCUCUCCGCAUGGCUGCGGCAGCAGCCAAGCCACCAGCUAAACAGCGCGUGGUGCUGAUGCCUUUGGGAGGCGGCGUGUUCAACAAUCGCAGCGAGGUGAUUGCUGGAGCCUUGGUCACUGCCCUGGAGGUCCUUGCUGACCAAGGCGUGGAUGUCCACUCCAGGCUGGACGUCCGCCUCUUGGCUUUCCGUGGAAGCACUGGAGAGCAGGAGCGCAUGGCCAAGCUCUUCAGCAACCUCUCUGCACCAGCCGAGCCGGUCGCGGUGUCGGCCGCAGCACCUACAGAUCCUGCAGCAGCCGCAGCAGCCAUGCCCACAGCUGUCGCCUCGGCCUCGGUCGCCUUUGCGACGGCCACAGCCGCAGCUCCUCCCGCAGCGCCCAGAAGCGAAGAGGCUCCCAGACGCGCAGAGGCGGAGGCAGAGGCACCGGCGGAGGCACCGGCGGAGGCACGGGCGGAGGCACGGGCGGAGGCAGGGAAGGCUUCCGCUUCGAAAGCCGAAGCGCCCGCGAAGCCGAAGAAAUCGGUCUUGGACAUGCUCAUGGGAUCUGACAGCCAGUGA